AUGACUUCAUCAAGUUUUCUCACGACGCUGUUGGUCUCGUUCGUCUGUUCUACGAUCGUUGCCGCUGCACCUGUUAUGAACUCCACUUCCCAUGCACCGUUUGAUUCUACGGAAAAUUCAUCUUCCGACGUCUUCAAUAACCACGUGUCGGAUCAUUUGCAGCGGUCAAACUCUACUAUCACCGUCAUGCCCGAACUUGCCACAGCGAAUGAUUCGGCUACGUUCCUGGACAAACCCUCCAUUUUUAAUGCGACGGGUAACGGACGGGAGACCGCCGCGGAUAACAUCACUGCUACCGAGUUCAAUACGUACGGACCAGAGUCGAAUUCUACAUUAACCACUGUCGCACCAAACAUAGAGUCGAAACCCAUAGAAACAGGCCCCGAUACAAUUAUCACGAACUCAACAUUUAACGACUCGAUCGUUGCGACGUGCGAACUAAAGACUAAUUCGACGGUAUUCGAUGAUGAUCUUGCAAUCGCUAAAUCAAGAAACUCCACGUUAAAUUCCGUCGAUAAUAUCAACUCCACCAUAGUCCAGCCACAGUCGAAUCUGACGGCAUUAAAUUCCACAACAAACAGUUCCGUAGAUACUGCGCAACAAUCGACAAGCAAUAGUUCUAUCAACUCCAUGCCUUUUUCUGCAGAAUCCCAGUUAGAACCUGAGGUGUCAAAUUCGACAGCAACGAAUACAUCUACUGGCUCUAUUGUUGCCGAACAGGGUGUUGGUUUACAAUUGGGUUUGGAAGAAACUAACACCUCUUACACCAAGUCCGCCAUCGUCAAGCGGUCAUUUUUCCCAGUGCUUUUCCAAAACAUUUGGAUGUAUUGGCAUUAG